AUGGCUGACAAAAGCUUUGUUGUGGACAUGACACAAAGGCAAUCUUCUCGAGGGACACAUCAGGUUAGGCCAUCUAGUUCUGAUUUAGAACCUUUGCAUCAUCGACCCAUUACGGAUCGUAGUAGUCCAAAGCUUAGAGAUUGUCGUUCACCAAAAGGUGCUCCACAAUCUGAUCCAUUAAACCAAAAGAAGCUUGGCGCUCGUAUUGUAAAUUUAGAAUCUCAACUGGGGCAAGCACAAGAAGAGCUGAAAAAUCUCAAAGACUACAUCAAAGAUGAAGUUUCUGAAGAUUUUGUAACAGAUCAGACUGAAGCUGAUCAAAAUGGUCCUAAAAUAGACAUUGAUGAUAAACCAGUCAGAGGCACUAGACUAUUGGCUGAGAUUUAUGAAAGAGCUGAAGUAGUUGUUGUUGAACCAUGUUGUUUUGAAGAAGUUGAAACCCAACAAGGAUGGAAGCAGGCCAUGCUCAAUGAGAUGAGCAUGAUUGACAAGAAUCAAACUUGGGAUUUAGUUCCAAGACCAAUCAACAAGAAGGUUAUUGGAGUGAAGAGGCAUAAGAAGCAACCAAGGAGCAGACCAAGCAACACAAGUCAUGCGGAUGAAGUGUUGAAGAUCAAGCUGGAAGAUCAAGCUGCUGGAAUAUCUCCGGAUGAAGUAUAUGCAGCUUAUAGAGAAGCAGAUCAAGCCAUACCUUCAGCACAUGAAGUAUGCAUGCAGAUGCUGAAGCACAUUACUGCUAUCGUAUUGACGGACUGA